AUGGGCAUCAACGAGCUGUGGGAUAUACUUAAACCUGCACAGGAGGUUGUGAAUCUGCGGGAGCUCGCAACUAUUGAGGGAUACCAAAGAAAUCCUCGGGGGAAUCGCACUCUUUACAUUGGUGUGGAUAUUUAUGCAAUAAUGGGCCAGUGCAACAGCGCUGCUCAAGCGUCUGUGCACGGCUUGAGCGGAAUUGAAAUUUUAUUCUUCAAACUAUGCCUAUUUCUUCGGUAUCCCAUAGUGUGGAUCUUUGUUUUCGAUGGUCCUUCACGUCCCGUGAAAAAUGGAAAGGCACCGCUUUCUCAUCAGCCGUCGUGGGUUGAGCCUGUGAAGCAGCUGGUGAAGCUUUUUGGUUUCCAUGUCCAUGAGGCUCCAGGUGAAGGAGAAGCUGAGCUCUCCAAGAUGAAUUCAAUUGGAAUUUUGGAUGCAAUCAUUACAACAGAUAGUGACGCCUUGGUUUUAGGCGCCCGAUAUAUUCUCCGGAGCACUCCUCAGAGCCAAAGUCCAACCACCCAUAAGGAGGAUUUUGUUGCGUAUGAUGCCAACACGAUCGAACACGAUCCUGAGCUUGGUCUAACGCGAGGCGCGUUGUUGUUAAUCGCUCUCCUUAUGGGAGGCGAUUACUCCAAUGGGGUUGACAAAUGUGGGCGCGUAGUCGCUCAUGCACUCACUCACUCCGGAUUUGGGGAUACGCUUCUCAACGCAUUUCUCUCUAUGCCUGAGGAUCAGUUCUGCCUUUUUGUCGAGGGGCGCUGGAUCGAUUCUCUUCGUCAUGAACUCCGGACAAACUCACAUGGGCACUUACGCUCUCGUCGACCUCAACUCGCAUCUGUCCUUUCUGCCUCAUUUGCGAGUCAUACCGUCAUUGCCCUGUCUGCAUGGGGAUUGCAACUCCCUGAUCUUGAGGCUAUCUCGUCCUUCUGUUCUAUCCAACUCGGGUUGGCUGAACCACACCUUUUGCUCCAAACACUUUCCAGUAAUAUGUGGGAGGGUGUCUUCUUUCAGAUGCUGUUCUCGGCCAAUUGUGUCUACAAUCUUGACACCGGCUUGCUCAGCGCAGGAGACCUUCAUGCGCUCAUUCUUACGGCUUACGAAAAGAAACGUCAAACACUUCGUAAGUGGAAAAUCGCCCCAUGGUACACGGUUUCCAUUUCCACCACUGGUUUCCGCAAACUCGCGUUCCCUGGCCUUGAGUCAGCUCAAUUGGAGGUGGGAAGUGACGCAGCUGAAGGCGAAGAAGCGACUCGGAAGGUCGCAAAAACACUUCAGCUUUGGGUUCCUGGAUGCUACCUCCCACAGGGUCUUCUGGACACAUUCAACUUUUCGAGCAGAGAAGGGAAGCGUCACAAAUCGGGCUCACAUGCGAGGUCAAAGCCGUACUCCACUCAAAAUCUCACCGCUUCUGCUGGUCCAUCUAUGACCUGCAUUAAGAUUCAUUGA